GCUCUCAUUCCAAACGCGCAUUGACUGAUGACACGCUGAAGCGGUUAUAGCGUUCUGGACUACUUUACAAACCUGCCAUAUUUUUUGUGUACAGUUUGAGGAAACAGGAAAAUAUAUCAAAGAGAGGACUAACUCGGCAAACGGAAAAAUAAACAUGCUGUGCGCUCGCAAUUCAGGCGACUGUUUUCGGGACCAGAUGCGAUACAUGAUGAGGUCUCUGCAGGAUCUGAAGCAGAUACGAGAACCCGACAAUCAAUCAAAGUGCUCAUACGCCACUCGAGCCUGUCAAAAGAGGGCACAAAAGCGGGAGCUACUCAGUCGCCUGCGGAUAUCUGACGUUAGUGACGCCAGCACCUACGACUCCGCCUGCUGCCUGGCCAGCCCACUGGAAGAAGAGGAGGAUGAGGAGGCCGGUGUUGGCCGUCUGCCUCAGGGCUCCCCCAGCAGCUUGAAAAGUCUGGACUUUGAUUCUGGGUACUCCGAAGCAUCGUGGCAGGAUGAGGGGGUAGUGUUGCGCCGCACGAGGAAUGUACGCGUUUCAUCUUCCGCGUGUGUCCGCACCAACCGAACCCGUCCCAAAUCCACAUCAGACGCAUGCCUGGAGCGCUGGACGUCGUUCGAGGCCAGCGACCCAACGGACUGGACCACGUCUUUGUUAACUAGAGGGCGUAACAGGCAACCGCUGGUUCUUGGAGACAACAGCUUUGCAGAUCUUAUUAAAAACUGGAUGGACCUUCCAGAAUGCCCAGAUUCUGCAGAACUGAAGCCGAACGCCAGCCGCAAAAUAGCCAAGGACUUUCUGGUCAACAUGCGGCGGAAAAUUGCAGGCAUGUCAAAGGGAGUUGGAGUUGAGGAGACUAAACGCAGUAAACGGAUGUCUUGUCCUGUGGGAUUCCAAGCCCCGAAACCCUUCUUUCACCAGUCCCACACAAGUUUGCACCAAAUGGGACCAGACUUUUACCAGUUUAGAGCUGUCAUGAAGACUGGGAGUCGACAGCCUAUCAUAUGCAAUGACAUCAUUGGAUACAUCUGAUGUGUUUCUGAAAACUAACUGGAUUUUAUUUCUGAAAAUGUCUUUUAAUAUUGUUCUAUGUAUUAAUAAAUAUUGCAAUAAAUGUUUUU